UUGGCCGUAGGUCAUAGCGAACGACAGAAGCCCGCUGGUGGGUAAAGUCCACUGGGAGAAAAUGGUGAAGAAAGUAUCCAGAUUUGGCAUACGUACUGGCACGUUUAACUGUUCCAGUGACCCCAGGUACUGCAGGAGGAGGGGUUGGCUGAAAUCCACCCUCAUUAUGUCGGUUCCACAAACCAGUACCUCCAAGGGAAAAGUAAUGCUCAAGGAAUACAGCGGGCGCAAAAUCGAAGUGGAGCACAUCUUCAAAUGGAUCACAGCCCAUGCUGCUUCUCGGAUUAAAACCAUCUACAACUCUGAACAUUUAAAAGAAGAAUGGAACAAAAGCGACCAGUACCGUGUGAAAAUAUACCUGUUUGCCAACCUCGACCAGCCUCCGGCGUUCUUUUCUGCACUAAGUGUAAAGUUUACUGGAAGAGUAGAGUUUAUUUUUGUGAACGUGGAAAACUGGGACAACAAAAGUUACAUGGCAGAAAUUGGUGUCUACAAGACACCAUCGUACAUACUUAGGACUCCUGAGGGGAUUUACAGGUAUGGAAACAACACUGGUGAAUUCAUAUCACUACGUGCCAUGGAUUCCUUUUUGCGCUCAUUACAACCAGAAGUUAAUGAUUUAUUUGUUUUGAGCUUGGUUUUGGUUAAUCUGAUGGCUUGGAUGGACCUGUUUAUUACACAAGGCGCUACUAUAAAGCGGUUUGUGGUUCUUAUAAGCACUUUAGGGACGUAUAAUUCAUUAUUAAUUAUUUCCUGGCUACCCGUGUUAGGGUUUUUGCAACUACCCUACUUAGACAGCUUUUAUGAGUACAGUUUAAAACUCUUCAGGUACUCGAACACAACUACUUUGGCUUCUUGGGUAAGAGCCGACUGGAUGUUCUACUCUUCACAUCCAGCCCUCUUCCUCAGCACGUACCUUGGUCACGGUUUACUAAUCGAUUACUUUGAGAAGAAAAGAAGACGCAAUAACAACACCGACGAAGUCAACGCCAAUAAUCUGGAGUGGCUGUCAAGCCUGUGGGACUGGUACACCAGCUACUUGUUUCAUCCUAUUGCUUCUUUUCAACACUUUCCUUUUGACUCAGAUUGGGAUGAAGACCCGGAUUUGUUCUUGGAGCGGUUGGCCUUCCCUGAUCUCUGGCUUCACCCUCUGAUACCAACCGAUUACAUAAAAAACUUACCGAUGUGGAGGUUUAAAUGCCUGGGCGCCCAUUCUGAUGAGGAAACGCCGGAAACCUUUCAAGACAGCGAAAGUGACUCUGACAGUGAAAACAAAGAGGUCUUCAGCAGUGAAAGAGAAGUCUCGGAGGACGAUGAGCUAAACGCGUUUCCUGGGCGCAGCGAGGGAGAGCCUCGGUGCAGCCCUGGGACCUGUUCAUGUGCCAAUAAAUCCUGUCAUCAUGAGCCAUACGGACGGAAAGCGAGAUCCUAUGGCUCAUACAGCGCCGCAGGUGACAUGGAGCCGGACUGGUCAGCUUGGCCCUCCGAGAUGUUGCACUGUACAGAAUGCGUUGUGUGUCUAGAAAAUUUUGCAAACGGUUGUCUGCUGAUGGGCUUGCCGUGCGGCCACGUCUUCCACCAGAAUUGCAUCGUGAUGUGUCUGGCCGGCGGGCGACACUGCUGCCCCGUCUGCAGGUGGGCUUCGUACAAAAAAAAGCAGCCAUACACACAUCCGCAGCCUUUGUCCAAUGAUACCCCAUCUUAGCUGUGUGCUGAUGUCCUUCGUAAGCUUUCAGGAUAUUACUGCUUGCCUUUUAAAUGUUAGUCACUUAAAAGAUUAUGUGGUUUGAAGUUUUAGUUUAAAUGUUAGUGCAGUGAACUAAAAUAUACAUGAUGCUAACGUUAACGACAGAAUCAUUCGGUUGCCUUGAAUGUUGAACUGAACGCAUACUUAUCGUACAAUUAACUUUGUCUUUUCAACAUCUGGAAACUCGAUGCUGUUUUUGUAAGCACAAAAACCAAGCCUACAACGUAUUCCACCAGACGUUUACAAGUUAGGAUGUGGGUGAAACUGAAAUUCUAAUAGAAGACAACUGCUUAAUUUAAGUGUUUCUUAUUUUAGAGUCUGUUCAGCACAUCUUUGUUGAAUAAUGUAUGUUGUAAGACAGUACCAUUUAAAAAGAAAUCAGUGAAAUAAAUUAUUUUAAAAGGA